AUGGAGCAAGAAGAAGUCGGCAGCGGCAGUAGCAGCGAGGCCGAGGAGGUGUUGCAGCUGGAGGACGCGGUGGGGCUGCUGGUGGAGCACCUGGUGGAUCCGGUGCUGCCGCUCGGCCAGGUCGUCGACCGGGAGGACGCCCUGUCGCCUGAGACUCAGGAGGCCGUGGCGCGUCAGGUGCACGCGGUAGUUCUCCUGUACAAUUACUACCACCGGAAGCAGUUCCCGCAGCUUCAAUUUGCCAGUCCAGACCAGUUCUCCAAGUCCGCUUCCCUCACCGUCACCAACAAGAAUCUGCUCAUGUACCUGAAUGGAGUAGGGGAGGCGGGGCUCUCGGUUACCGAUAAGGCAAUCAUCGAUGCCUGCGACAUUGCCGAGGCGCUUGACGCCACCAAGGACUCCCCUGAUAUGAUGAUGUGGCCGAUCUCCAAGGUUGCUGUUCUGCUUAUCAAUCAGACAAAGAAUGUCUGCUUGCUCGAGCAUGGAUCCCAAACCAAGGGCGUCUGGUCUAUGUUGGAGAAAGAUAUCGAGACUGCAUUUGAUGCUUCGCUCAACAAUGAAAGGCCAGUGCAGGGGUUGAGUAAUAAACCCAUACCUCUUCCUUCUGUACCAUACAUGCUUCAGCAGAUUGCAUAUUCAGAGGUCGAGCUAAAAACAGGUGUCCAAAUGGACAAGAACAUAACAGACAACAACUCUAGAAAUGUGCCCCAAGAUAUCAUUCUGGGACCAGAUAUUGAUCCUGUAACUAACAACCAUGCCUUGAAAAUCCAAAAGGAGAAAGUCAUUCAAAAGUCUGGUGGCAUCACAAGUAACAUGAACGUUCAAAUAUAUGUGACACUGCAAUUACUUCAGAAGAUGCGAGAUGAUACACUCCAUGAGCAUCUUGAGCUUGGAGAUCGAAGCGCUGAGUACGAAAUGGACAUUCAAACAAUCUUGACAGAAACGGAGAUGACGCCUAAAGUAACGUCAAUCAUAAAGAAAUAUGAGAAUAGUUGGAAGAUGAUGGAAGUUGACAAUCCAAUUAGCUCUGAAGAAGGAUGUAAAACCAUGGACAUAAAGAGGAAGAAACUCAAAGAAGCCAUACUUCUACGCAAUAAAUGCCAGCAACUGGGUGACAUAUGUCGUGAGAGCAACUGGAUUCUUCCAAGAUACAAAGUACUUCCUUCAGUUACCGGUGAUAUGUACCAGGCCAAUGUCCACCUUAUGGGCCCAGAUUUCAACAUGAGUGUAAAUGGUGAUAUGAGGGUCACCCCUCAUGAGGCACGGGACUCAGCAGCAUCCAACAUGCUCUGUCAGCUUCAACAGAAGGCAAUGGAAGACUAG